CCCCCACCCACUAACAGGAUAAAGGGCUGGCUGUCUUGAGGCUGAGGGAGAUGCAGAGCGAGAUGCAGGGCCAUGUCGCAGGGAGCCGGGCUCCUCUGGGCCUGCUCCUGGUCUGUCUUCAUCUCCCAGGCCUCUUUGCCCGGAGCAUCGGUGUGCUGGAGGAGAAAUUUCCCCAAGACUUGGGGAUCAACCUGCCUCUGCUUGAACGACCUUCCUUGACCAGCCCCUCCAACUUGGAACAUCCUCAGCCCAAACCAGACCCUGAGCCUAAUUCGGCAAGGGCUCCUCUGGAGCCCAAUGCUUCUCCAUCACCUGGCUCUCAACCUGCAGGAGGUGCUGGGGUACAGAUGUGGCCCCCAUCUGGGGAGCUGCCCUACAUGGAUUCCUGGUCCUCGGAGGACCCUUGGCCGAUGAUGCCUGCUGUGUUCGAGGACUAUGUGGGAGAAGAGCUGCCUGAAGAACCGUCCUACUUUUCUAGUGAGGCUGCCCUCCCUCCGGGCAGUGGGCCUUUUCUUGCAGAGCCCUUUGCAUACCCCGCGGGCCCCUCACCCGAGGCUUCACUCCUCCCCCAGGACUCUGAGUCUAGAGGGCCACUCCACUCUACUGUGCUGGACGUCCCGAGAAAAAUCCUUGCCCGACCCCGUCCCGGGUCUCUCCUCAAUGGGAUUCCAUGGUCACUUCUGCCUGGUUCCCCCUGGGGGGCCCUGAGUCCCCGUGUACCCUGGGGAGGUGGAGGUCCUGGCACUGGAUGGAGACCCUUUUACCCUGUGGGAAACUGGGGUAACAUUAAUCCAUACCCAAGUACUAGCUGGGGGUAUCCAGGUGCCAGAUGGAAGACUAUUAAUUGGUAUCCAGGUACUAGCAGGAAGAAUAUUUAUCUACACCCAGGCAAUAAUCAAUUUCCUCCCAGAGUUCUCCGUGCUCCUGGCUCUUAUAGGAGCAUCCCAGACAGCUUUCCCAAUCCUCAAAACCCUGAGUCAUAAUGGAGUUAGGAGAAUGACAGAGCGGGGGCAGCCCUAAGUUAGAAGUCAGAGAGGGGAGUCCUGCUCCCUCCCCUUGCAGUAUGAGCUAAAUCAAGAUCCUAUCAGCUGUUUUCUAGCGUCCUCUCCACUUUCACUGCCUCCCUGCUCCCCAUAUGCUGAUCUCCAAUAAAACACAGCACUUACUGAA